GGCUUGUGAAAAAACAGCGUCUCUGUCUGAAACAGGAAGUAAUAUCUGCUGCUGCUGAGUGCUUUUGUAGCACUUUGUUCAGAAAGUUGGGCUGCCUUUGACGGCUCCGGGGCUUUGAAAGAUGGACAGCCAAGGAAGAAAGGUGGUGGUUUGCGAUAACGGAACAGGGUUUGUCAAGUGUGGCUAUGCCGGAUCCAACUUCCCAGAGCACAUCUUCCCAGCGCUGGUGGGCCGGCCCAUCAUCCGCUCCACAGCCAAAGUGGGCAACAUCGAGAUUAAGGAUCUGAUGGUGGGAGACGAAGCCAGUGAGCUGCGCUCAAUGCUGGAGGUCAAUUAUCCCAUGGAGAACGGCAUCGUCAGGAACUGGGAUGACAUGAAGCACUUGUGGGAUUACACCUUCGGUCCGGAGAAGCUCAAUAUCAACUCACGCGACUGCAAGAUCCUCCUGACCGAGCCUCCCAUGAACCCCACCAAGAACCGUGAGAAGAUCAUAGAGGUCAUGUUUGAGACAUACCAGUUUGCAGGUGUUUACAUCGCCAUCCAGGCAGUUCUGACGCUUUAUGCUCAAGGCCUGUUGACAGGAGUGGUGGUGGAUUCAGGCGAUGGAGUCACCCACAUUUGUCCUGUGUAUGAGGGCUUCUCUCUGCCCCACCUCACGAGGAGACUGGACAUUGCAGGACGGGACAUUACACGCUAUCUCAUUAAGUUGCUCUUGCUGCGAGGUUACGCCUUCAACCAUUCGGCGGACUUCGAGACGGUACGCAUGAUGAAGGAGAAGCUGUGCUACGUGGGAUACAACAUCGAGCAGGAGCAGAAGCUUGCUCUGGAGACCACCGUACUGGUGGAGUCCUACACGCUCCCUGAUGGCCGGGUUAUUAAGGUCGGAGGGGAGCGGUUCGAGGCCCCAGAAGCGCUGUUCCAGCCGCACCUCAUUAACGUGGAAGGGGUCGGAGUGGCCGAACUUCUCUUCAACACCAUUCAAGCAGCAGACAUUGACACCAGAUCUGAGUUCUAUAAGCACAUUGUUCUGUCAGGAGGAUCCACCAUGUACCCCGGUCUGCCCUCUCGACUAGAGAGGGAACUUAAACAGCUCUAUCUAGAGCGGGUGCUGAAGGGUGACGUUGACAAGCUCUCGAAAUUCAAGAUCCGGAUCGAGGACCCUCCCCGCCGCAAGCACAUGGUGUUCCUGGGUGGGGCGGUGCUGGCUGACAUCAUGAAAGACAAGGACAACUUCUGGCUGACGCGGGAGGAGUAUCAGGAGAAGGGCGUGCGCGUUCUGGAGAAGCUCGGCGUCACUGUCAGAUAAACACGGAAAAAACAUCCCACGACCCCGGCGUCUCUUCUACAUCACCUGUCUCUUCUGUUCUGCCAGUGAGUCGUGUCAUCGGUGUGGAUUAUGGAGGGUCCUCUGCCACUGCACUGGCACGUGUGACUCUACACCAUUAGUAAUAUGCAUUGCUAAGAACUUAAUUUGGACAACCUUAAAGGUGAUCUUCUCAAAUUUAUGAUUUUUUUUUGCACCCAAUAAUAGAUGUAUCUCGGUCAAAUAUUGUCCUAAUAAACCAUACAUCAAUGGAAAGUGUUUUUAUUCAGCUUUCAGAUGAUGUAUACAUCUCAAGUUCAUCAUAUUGACUCUUAUGACUGGUUUUGUGAUCCAGGGUCACAUGUGUUUGUGUGCAAAGCAUUAGUGGAGAUCGGGUCAUUCCUGCCUUGCAGUACAUUUUCUUUUCCGCUUCAUAUAAUGUAGAAUAUUAAUAUAAUUGAUAUCAUUUAAUAUAUAAUUAUAUAUAUAUAUAUAUAUAUAUAUAUAUAUAUAUAUAUAUAUUACCAUUCAAAACAUUUGGGUCGCUAAGGUUUUAUAAAUAGUCUUUUCUGCUCACCAAGGCUGCAGUUAUUUAAAAAAAUACAAAUUGUGAAACAUUAAUACAAUUUAAAAUAACUGUUUUCUGUUUUAAUAAAUUUUAGAAUGUGUUUUAUUCCUGUGAUGCAAGGCUGUAUUUUAAGCAUCAUUAUUGCAGACUUCAGUUUCACAUGAUCAUUCAGAAAUCAGUCUAAUUUGCUCGUCAUCAAUGUUGAAAACCAUUUUGCUGUUUUUUUUAUUUUUUUAACAUUGAUACAGGAUUUUUUUUUCAGGAUUCUUUAAUGGUUUCAAAAGUUUAGUUUAGUUUUCGUAAUGAUGUAAAAGUCACUUUUAAUCAUUCUAAUGUAUCCUAUAUACCGGUAUUUGGAUUCAUUUCUUUCAAAAAUCAAAAGAAAUAAAUCCUACUGACCAACCUUACAAACUUUUGAACGGUAUUGUAUACUAUAAAUGACGAAUCAAAUAUAUAUCUUAAAUAAAAAAUUUGAAACUCCGUUUUUAAAGAUAAAAUUCAUAUUAAUUUGAGUUUUUGCAGCAUCAUGAUUAAGUGUACAUGGAUGUUUCACUGUAUAAAGGCCCGUUCCCACCAAGAACGCUUAACUAUGAAGAUAUCGUCUGUUUAUUUUACUUUAAAUAUCAGCAGUUCAUUGAAUGAAGCCUGUGAUGUUUUGUCAUUCCUGGUUUAAGCCGAAAUUAUGAUAUGAUCAAAAUCACAAACAAUUUCUAUGAAGUCUCAGUCCCUUUCUGAGCUCUUUCUUUCCGACCUGGUAGGCAGGCUUCCUGUCAUUUGUCUGAAUAAUACAUUUUUAAUGAAUGACAUUUAAGUGUCUGAAAGGACUUUUACAGACAGUACUGCAUGACAGAAAUGACCCAAUCAGCGAAGAGCAAUAUUAACAUCAAAGCUUCCUCAUGCUGAUUAUUAUGAGCUGUAAUGAAUCCUCAGCGCGCCCCGUUCAUCACGGGAUGUGUUCCUGUGACAGAGACACAAACGUGUUAUCAUCGGGGUGUAAUGUAAGAGCAGUUCUCUGCCAGUGUUACAACAACUGAACCUGACCAGCCAAACCUUCUGCUCUUGCUGUCUCCCAGUGUGUCGUGUGUACUUCCAGAGUAACAAGAGUUACUCACAAGUGUUCAUUAUUAUUAUUAUUUAGCAUUUUAAGAGUUUGGACUAAGAGUCUGUGGGAUUUUUACUAAUGUAUUUAUCAAGCAGGCCAGUCUCUGAAAAUUAUUUUAGCAUUCUUCAAAAUACUGGUUUCAACAUCUACAACUGAAGUUUGAUGUGGCUCAUAUAUAUAUAUAUAUAUAUAUAUAUAUAUAUAUAUAUAUAUAUAUAUAUUAAGAAGAUGGGAUUUGUUUUGAAUUCUGUUAGUCCCUUUUUAUUCUAAGUAUUGCUGUUGUUGUUUAAUUUUUACUUUUUUAUUCAUUUUCUCCUGCAGUGCUGUGUCUGGCAUGGAAUAAAGCAAUCUUCUGCAAUAUGA